AUGAUGUUCAUAAAUGGAUCUUCUACAAGAUUCCUUUGUGAACGAAUCAAACAGGAGCAUGGUUUUGACAUCCUCAAUGAUCCAAUCCCUACUUGGUAUAAACCAGACCCAUGGAUUCCUCAAUAUCUCAAGAGAAUAAUUUUCAUGAACAAAUCUUCCAAUAUUAGAUUGUGGCAUUCGAGUGACCAAUGGCAUGAAAAAAAUCUCAUCCCUUACGGAAAAUUCCCUAAAGGUUUAAGACAAUUCCUGCUCUAUAAAGAUUGGAACAGAUUAAGUAUGUGGGUUCCUGACCCUAAAAAUUUACAAGUGAAAUUACAUAAUGACAUCAAACAUUCCAAUCAUGUCACCCAAAUUCGCAACAUUCUCAAUAGCAUGGAUUUUGGAAAAAUCAAAGACGAAAGCAAAUACUACAAAUAUGUUGGUAACAACACAUCCAUGUCAAACCUCUUGAACAAAGCUACACUAAUUGGUACUGACGGAUCGUGUAACAAUAAUAUUGCUGGAUACGGUAUUGUAACUGAUCAGAAUGUUUCCAUCUCAAGUCACACCUUAGGACAAGGAACUUCCUACAACAGUGAAGUUCAAGCGCUCCACACAGUUGUUAGAUUGCUAGAUAACAACACUCCUAGAACAAUAGUCAUAGAUGCGAAAAGUAUUUAUGACCAACUUUUCCAAUUCAGAAAAUCUAGAGAUCCUUAUGUCGAAGAAAUUCGUAAUUAUUUAAAAAUGAAGGAUCAGAUCAAAAUUAUGCAUGUUAAUAGUCAUACAGGUAAACAAGAUAUCUAUAGCCGCAUAAAUGAAUUAGCAGAUAGGGCUGCUAAGAAAGGUGCUGAUUGUAACAAUAUUCUUACAAAUAUUCCAUCCAAUAAUUGGUAUAUUAUUAUCAACAAUGUAUUAUACACUCAAAACACUAGACAAACAAUGUACAAACUUAUAUUUCAACGCCUCCACAAAAGAACAUAUACGCCAAAGAACCUUCCUCCCAAGAACAGAAAGUUCACCAACAUUUACCCCUCAAUAGGAAUCGGUUUCAGAACCUUAAAUCUAAUAUUUAAAAUUAGAGUGAACGUGAUGAAGACUUUGGAAAAUUUAAACAAGAUAUCCAAGACGAACUUGCUAUGUCCUUGCUGUAGUAGAGAGACAAUGCAACACAUUAUUUUUGAAUGUAAAUACUAUAGUGAUAUAAGAAAAGAAAUGUUUAGGAAUUUAUAUAAUAUCUCAAUAUAUGCAAAGAAUAACAAGAAGUUCUCCAAACGACUAUUGUACCUCAUCAAGACUAAACAAGAUAUCCAUAGCCUAACAGGUGCUAAAGUUGGAUUGGGUAAGAAAUGGGACAAAGUAUUUACUAAGGAAGCUUAUCGAUCUAUUACUAAAAUGUGGAUGAAACGAAAUCAUUUUUUCAUGGAAGAAUUGAAACUCACCUGGAAUGAAUUUGAACAACAAUACGAUUUUAAUCCCAAUUUCAUUGAUUUGAACAAGUUUAAACUAUACAUGAAAUACCCACGACCAUGA